UGUUCUUCGUUAGCAGAGUCUGUGUUAAUUGUGUUAAAACUAAGCAUCUGUUUUAAACCAUACUAUUUGUUUAUAUUAGUUAUUAUUAUUUUACAAUUUAAGUUCUGAAUAUUUGUCAUAAUUAUUAAAAAUCAAUUAUUACUUCAUAAAACGACUAAACUGGUACUUUUGCGUUUAGACGGGAGCCAUCUUGCAAUCUCUAAUCAAAGGUCCUUGGCUCACAGUUUCGUUGUCUAGUUGAAAGUCAGUUUUAUUCCAUCAUAAAAUAAUCAAAUGGCGUUAAAACGAAUUAAUAGGGAAUUACAAGACCUGGGCAGAGAUCCACCAGCACAAUGUUCUGCAGGCCCACACGGAGAAGAUCUCUUCCACUGGCAAGCCACAAUCAUGGGUCCAGUCGACAGUCCCUAUCAAGGAGGCGUGUUCUUCCUGACCAUACAUUUCCCUACAGACUACCCAUUCAAACCACCAAAAGUUGCAUUCACAACACGUAUUUACCAUCCCAACAUAAACAGUAAUGGUUCCAUUUGCCUUGACAUUCUGCGCUCACAGUGGUCUCCAGCACUCACCAUAUCCAAAGUGUUGCUCUCAAUCUGCUCACUGCUAUGCGAUCCAAACCCAGACGAUCCUUUGGUGCCAGAAAUUGCUAGGAUCUACAAAACGGACAGAGAAAAGUACAAUGAACUAGCCCGCGAGUGGACAAGGAAGUAUGCCAUGUGAUGAGUCAAUUGUGACAUCAGCAACACAUACACACACACAUCGCCACAGCCCGGGCUCUACCCCUUCCUCCCCCUACUCCCGCUCCCUUACCCCUCGUCGUCUGACCCUUAUCCCUAAAUUUACUGGAAAUGUAUAAACAGUUACUGUUCAUGAUCAUUUUAGAAUUUGCCCAAUUACUGUCUACUCAGGUACUUUGAAAAUGCGGACAUUUGCAUUAAGUAAAUCAUGGUACACAUUGUGCAAAUAUAGUUUCUGUUUAUUGUGUAAUAAAAUAAGAAAUGUUUUUCUAUAAGAGCAAAAUUUCUUUCCGUUUUAACAUUGAUGUGUCGGUAGAUGUCUUUACAUACACAUUUAGUUGAAGUUAAAGAUUAGUUAAAUUUACAUCAUUUGAAUUUAUGUAUGUAUUCCUAAAGAAUUUGUACUUUAACUAGACCUAAAUUGCAUUGUGAAAUUGUACAAUAGCCAUAUGUUUAGGAAAUGGAGCGUUCCUUGCUUACCACUGUCCGGUCACUUAGGAAUUUUGUCAAUGAAAUGUAAGUCAAGCUCAUAAGUGUUAAGAACAUUUUGGGUAUUAAGUAAGUGGUAUUGCGAAAAGAGCUCGUCGACGGAGUGAGUGUUAAUUUUUUUUACUAGAAAAGCAAACUUUUUUAAGUUAGUAAAUGUAGCGUGCUACUGACGCGACUGACAAUGAUUGAAGUGGUCAGUUUUCUUUCAUCCACAAUAUUUACGAUGAAAACGCUCCAAUAGUUACAACAUUCAGUAUAAAUUACAGUGUAUCUCAUAAGAUAAUAAGUUACGAUUAAUCUAGAUUUUUUUCAAUAUGGCAAUCUUUAUAAUUAUAAUUUUAUCUAAUAUAUAUUGUGGUUGUAAGGAUACCUGCGUUGUGAUUUCCACAAACAUCCCAUCCAUGGACCUUCCUUGAUUCCUCUCAUUUUCAAUGAACAAACAAUUUUGGUAUCAUGGCACGGUGGCAGAACAUGGUGUGUUAAUUUACGGCUGCAAGAGAAGCUUUCACUUGACACUGGGAGAGAUUAAAAUUUAAAGCUUUUGAACUGUAAUCAACCAACAAGUUGUAUUUUAGCUUCACUAAAUUGUAAGAAACAAUAAAUUAUUGUGUAUGUAAAUAA